GUCACACCAAAACACCACCUGUAACAAACAGUACGUUGUACUUGACACACCCGGUUGGAGAUCACGUGAUACUUUACUGUGAGGUGGACUUUACGCACAAUGUUUUGGUGGCGUGGAUAAACGAGGGUGAAGAAAAACUGUUAUCUCUACAAGAUCAGAUGAUCACACGUGACCGUCGAAUUAGCGUUCAGAGGAAUGGGAAUCAAACCUGGUGUUUAACCAUACGUAACAUUCGACCGGAAGAUUCUGGUUUGUACGCAUGCGUCACUAGUACUGACUCUCAUCCAGUUCAACAUAAAAAGUUCUACUUGCAGGUAGAAGGUUUGGUACCAGACGUCCUCUUGUGGCCAAAAGACAAAAGAAUAUUUUAUAAUCAGCAGCAAGACACGAGAGCUAUAAGGCUUAGACGACUGACGUCAAAGAGGUUCCACCAUGACACCGCAGAAAAAGAGCCCUCUAUCGUUGAUAUAACCAAACUAACAGUAAGAGCCGGAAAGGACGCAGUGUUACAAUGCACUGUAGAGAACCUAGGAAAUUAUAAGGUGGCGUGGCUACGGGUAAAGAACCACACACUGAUAGCAGUGCACACUAAGGUGAUACUGAGGAGUGAGCGCUACAGUGUGUCACACCAGAAUCUAAAGACGUGGCAGUUAAGGAUAGAAAACGUGACACUAGAGGACAACGGUUACUACAUGUGUCAAAUUACCACCCCCAUCUUUAAAACCAAACCUGCAUAUCUAGAAGUAGUCGUUCCUCCGGCCUUUGAUAGCAGCACUACCAGUAACAGCACUAGUGUCUUGGAGUACACACAGAACGUGACUCUCACGUGCAACGCUACAGGAAACCCCCUUCCCGUCAUCAAAUGGUGUAGAGAGGACAAUCAAAGUUUCAAAGUUGGAAACCAAAAAGUGAAACAGUACCAUGGAAACAGCAUCACCUUCCCCUUGGUUACCAGAGCGUACAUGGGUGCCUACCUCUGUAUAGCCAGCAACAAUAUCCCUCCACAAGUCCGUAGAAGAAUCUACCUGGAAGUGAACUUUCCUCCCACCAUAUGGAUACCUAACCAGGUAGUUGAGGCCCCACUGGGAUCAAACACGACUCUCGAAUGUCACCUAGAGUCUCAACCAAUAGCAGAAAACUUCUGGCUUCGAGGAGGUGAGUAUUUAGCUGACCGAGAAAGGAAGUACAGGACGCACUUGGUACGAGACUCUUACAAAGCCCAUAUGAAACUGACCAUCCAGAACGUAGAAAACGAUGACUACGGCUUCUAUGUAUGCGCUGCAAAGAAUGACAUAGGAAAAUCUGAAGGAUCUCUGACACUAUACAAGGCGGAAGAGUCAGUCACUCAGGUGCCAGAGAAAGGGACUACUGUUUUAUCUCAGAGACCAGAUGUACUGGUGAAACGACCCGAGGAUAACCAGAAGAAGAUUGAGGAGCAUCCGCAUAACAACAACAUUAAUCAUUCGGAGUUUAUCCGACUAACAUUUGUCAAAGAAAUAUGUCAUUACGAUGGUCGGAAGUCAACGGGAACGUACAACACACGGUUAUCUUGUAAUAAUUGA